GGAACCGGAAGUCGCGAUGACGUAACGGUCAUUCUCCGCUACCUAACGCCAGACAACCGCAAAGAGAAAAAAACUUUGUCUAACUCGACGAAAAGGCCACGAAAAAGUUGAUUAAAGUGCUUCCAUAUGAUGGCGGUCCUGUCCUAAACCGAGCCCAGGUCAUAGAUGUGGAAUUAGGGAUGAACUCGAGGUGUGAAAUCCAGCGGAGGCCCGGCGGCGGCUACAGCGGCGGCUACAGCGGCGGCCCCGUCACCGGCUCCCCCGCUAUGGGAGCGCAGUCGCGCCGCAGGAAGAUGGCGCCCAGACCGGCGGAUUAUAAACUCCAGAUCAUCAUCAUCGGCUCCCGCGGUGUGGGGAAGACCAGUCUAAUGGAGAGGUUCACUGAUGACACCUUCUGUGAGGCUUGUAAAUCUACUGUGGGAGUGGAUUUUAAAAUCAAAACCGUGGAGCUCAGAGGAAAGAAGAUCAGGUUGCAAAUCUGGGACACCGCUGGUCAGGAGAGAUUCAACAGCAUCACCUCCGCCUACUACCGAGGUGCUAAGGGCAUCAUAGUGGUGUAUGAUAUCACCAAACAGGAAACCUUUGAAGACCUGCCAAAAUGGAUGAAAAUGAUCGACAAGUACGCAUCAGAGGACGCCGAGCUCCUAUUGGUCGGGAACAAGCUGGACUGCGAGGCCGAUCGAGUCAUUGCGCGACAGCAAGCCGAGAGGUUUACAUCCCGGAUAUCGGGGAUGCGAUUCUGUGAGGCCAGCGCCAAGGACAACUUCAAUGUGGAUGAGAUCUUUCUCAAGCUAGUGGAUGAUAUUUUAAGCAAGAUGCCUCUGGAAAUGCCCAGUAGAGAACUUUCCAACAGCGUCCUUUCCCUUCAGCCCGAGCCUGAAGAACCCCCAGAACUGCCCCCUCCUCGCAUGCGCUGCUGUUGAGCCUCAUCUCUGUCCUCCUGCUCAGAAAAAGCCCCACAGUUUCUUAUUAGCCCCAUGCACCUCCAGCAACUGACCACUAGGGGGUGCAGUGCACCUGCAUUGAGGCCUUCCUACCGACAAGGAGCUUUGGACUCCAGAUUAUGUGUCAUGGAAGGGCAGUUCCAGGAGUAAGAGCAUCCAGCCACAUUUAGACUCUGUCUCUGUACGACGCCACUGUUAGGUUUCCAACUACAUGAAAUCCAGACUGAUCAACUGACUGCUCCUGCUCUGAUCGUGUUGCUGCGUUACACCUACAAACACAGCACAUGUCCACAACAGUACCUCACAUCCUCACUUUCAGUAUUCAGCAUCGGCACACAUUUACAGAUUCUUACACUCAGGUUUUCUACUUUUUCAGCAACACCUUUACAUAUAAGCAGAUAAAUGUAAUUCGCUGAAGGAAAAAAAACGAUAAAUGGCGCUUACAUUUUUCAGCCUCGGUCCAUCAUUGUUCUUGUUUGUUGUGUUCUUACACUACAAUCCACAUUUGAAAUUUAGCUUUUACACCAGCCUGCACCCAGAAAAACACUUUCCACAUCACACAGUUCACUACCAGUGCCAUUUCUGCUUCUUCUGACACAAUACGAUUUACACUAACUGAAGGUUUUAUAGAGUGUCCUAGGGCUAUAUGGGGGGGAGAGAGAAGCUGAGCAAUGACGAUAUUAAUAGCGACAACAAGAAGUAGUUAUUGGGGGCUCUAGUGUGGAAGGAUGACAUGGAAAACCUCAUUGUGGAGCACCUUAUUUUGUUGUCAUUGCAGAUAUUGCCAUGGGAACACAAAUAGCUAUUAUGCUCACUCCACACCACGAGUCAGUGGUGUCACGUUGGUCUGCGAAGACGCCGUGCAUUAUUUAAAAUUGACUGACUUCAUAACACACCUCAAGGUCUUUGUGUUUUAGCAUUUGAUGCUUCCUGUAAUCACUAACAAAAGACGGAAAAUGGAGCAGUAUAGAUAUUCGGUUAUGGUUUCAAGGUGUUCAUAAGUAUAAGAAGUAUUCAACCUCCAUUAAACAGAGUAACCCUUGAACUGCAUGAAGACUUAAUGUGGCAGCUUUGGUCCUGAUUCUGAGAAACAGGAGUGUUUGUGUACCGAACGUCUAAACCUUGUGUAGCAGUGCAUGAUAUCCACACGGCUCCAAGACCACGGAUUUCAUUUUCAUAUCUAAUAUGAUUUCUAACAACAGCUUUGUAAACUUUUAUAACCUAAACUCACAGUAUUUCUCAUGUUUUCAGACAUUUUUAUGGAACGUGUACUAACCUAAAAGUUUUUUUUUUUGUUGUUGUUGUUGUUUUUUUUUUUUGGAGAAAGUGACAGAUGUUGAUAAAGGGCCUUUAUUUAUCACGAAGUGCUUUUUACUUGACUUAUGUGCAUAAUUGUUUUUACUUCUGUUUUCCUUUGUUUGUAUUCUGGAUUAUUGUAAGACGAUGAGUCAGAUUUACUAAGAUUUUGCUAGAAAUGUUUUCUGUCUUUAUUUUUAAGGGAAAUUGGAUUUUUUUUUUUUUUUUUUUGAGAGUUUUCUGAAGGAUUUUGUCUUUUUUUUUAUAUACAUGUCAGUAUUGCUGCAGAAACACUAGUAAUACUUGGUAAAUCUGUCACAUGGUUAUUGAACGUGAACAUGUCAUGCCCAUAUAAGUAGUUUAUCCCACUGUGAGGAUCGCUUUGUUAAGGUAGCAAUAACUGCUGCCUUUACAAAUGUCAGUUUUUUUUGUAUAGAGUAAACAUAUGUUAAUUUUCAUCACCUAUAGGAGUAUUUUAAAAUUUAUGAUACAGUACUUCUAAAAAAAAUAUAUAUAUAUACAGUAAAAAAAAAAAAUGAAAUGGACCCUCACUUAGAUGUUGAGGUGAGGAAGAGUGCUUUGUAAUCUGAUUUUAGGUAUUUAAAAAAGUUUGGCAUGUUUAAACUUUUUUGUGAUAUUUAUAACUCGUGGUGUUCUUGAACUAAUGACGUGGAAAUAAAAAAUAUAUAUUUAUUACCUAU